CUCGCCAGUCAGUCGGCAGGCAGAGCGAGAGCAGCCCGCAGCUUUUUCGUGUGGAGAUCGCAGUUUUUCGCUUGCCAAUCGAUGGGUUUCCGGAAUUCGCAGUUUGCAGUGCAUCGCUUCUUUGACUUUGUUUAAUUUGGUUACACGGCAAUUGGCGGCAAUUAACAGCAGUAGCGAACGAGCCGCUGCAUUAAUUAUUAAUAUCGUGCUUGCCAGACAAGUUGGCCCCGUGAUAAGCAAAUUACUAGUUUGCCGAGUGAGUGGCACAGUGGAAUGCAUUUGAUUAGAUUGCGAUUUGUUUGCUGACUUGUCAUUGUUGGCACUAAACAAAAGCUGGACCGGUUAACCUGACUUACCCGUUUCGGCAUCUGUUUCAAUUUCGGUACCAAUGCUUUCUUGAAUUCUCGAAUUUAUCGUCUUCGUCCGUCUUGCAGAAUGAGUUUCGGGUGUGCACCGGAAACAAACGAAAAGCGAAAUAGCAAUCAGCCAUUCACAAAGCCAUAAAGCACAGUAAAACACUUGAUAACGCAGCCCGUAAUUCAACAAUUCCUCGCAAAACCAAAACCAAAAUCAAUCCCGCAACGUUGAGUAAUUAAAUGCUGAUCAAGUGAUUUCUCGUCUGAAAUAUCAAUCGAAUCGAAAAAAUGUGUGUCAUAAGUGCAGAAGUGAAGUGCAGCUAAAUGCGAAAAGCCCAAAAAUGCAAUUGAUUUAAAUGAAUUUCUGUUUAAUUUGUAUAAUCAUUUUCCCCACUCGUAACUCGAGAGCCCGACCCACAAAAGCCGGAAAAGUGCAAGUUCAUGGCGAAAUUUAAAUACCAAUUUAUGCAAGCCAAUGGGGAAAAUCGAAAUGGAAAUACCAUUUAAAGGCAGUGCGGUUUCGAAUUGCUGACUAAGAACUUUCCGAUUAGAGCAAUUAAGAUUGGCUUCCCGUCGACUAACAAUAAAACCUAAGAAGGUAGCAUUUGUGUGGCAAAGGGGCUUUGGAAUAAUGGCAGCAGUUGAGAGCAAUUAAGCGCAUCGUUGCAAUAGUAAGACAAGGAAAAUAGUUUCAAGGCAUACAGCAAACAAAGCGAGGGAAAAUGUCAGCCACUCAGCCAAAGGAUACGGCAUUAAAGACUAAGGAAUUGCCAGCUGAAGCGGUCUCCCCCCUGUCCCCGCCCCCGCCCAUCGGCAAAACAACAGCAACAACGGGAAAGAAAACUUUAACCUCCAACGCGGCUUUGUCAUUGUUUGAUCAGCUGAAAAACGGCGUCAAUUUAAAUAGUUUGACAAUUGGCGCCGGCGUCGGCAACAACAGCAACACAGAAACAGCACCACCUACUACAACACCAACAACAACAACAGCAGCAGCAGAAGCCACACCCACCGCCACACUGUUGUCAGCCCCCGCACCGCCCACCGCCCCUUCUGCCCCCUCUGCCACCUCGAAUAUUGAGCUGAAACCCCCGGCAAAACCGGCGCGACCCUUCAGCACGCCCAGCAGCAUUGGCAUCGUGCAGGGCACCAAGCGGGGGGCGGGUGGCGUGGGGGGCGGGGCUGGCGGCCAGGCAGCCAAAUUGGAUAUAAACGCAUUGCGAUCUCAGCUCUAUCAGGGCGCCAGGAAGACUGCAACAACAACAACAACUCGAGUGGGAGCCGGCAAAACAGCAAGCGUAACAACAGCACCAAGAACAAACGGCGGAGGAGAGCGCGGAACGAGGGGAUCCAAGAAGCGGUGUCUGGAUCGAUACGAUUCAUCGGAGUCAUCAGACAGCGGCGUUGCCACCUCACUGAGCUGCGCGGACUCCAGCACGGGCUCCAGUGAGGAUGCGUCCGAUCCCGGCUCCCCGUACAGUGCGCACUCGCAACUGAGCGACCCGCCCGACCCGCUGACCAAGAUGCCGCCCCAGAUCCUCGGAAGCGCCAGCGGCAGCAGCUCCACAGCCGCCGCCUCUCCGCCCUCCAGCAGCGCCACCCAGGUGCCAUCAUCGCCAGCCAUCCACCACAGUCAUCUUAGCCAGCACGGCGGCAUAACCACCAGCGGCAUGUCCAAGCCGACGACGCCCCAGCGCCACAACAACCCCAGCCUCCUGCCCACCCUCCAGUGGCCGUGGAACACUAGUCUGGGUAGCACCUCAACUGCCGUACCCGCCGCCACGGCCAACAAGAACAAGCGGACCGCGGCCGGAUCAGGAACGGCAAUGGGCAGCACGGGCGGGGACGGCGCCUGUCUAGCCGGCGGAGGAGCGGCGGCGGCAAAGAAGGCACGUAGCGAACUGCCCAGCUCCUUUGACGCGAGCAAAAGACUGAAGGUGGCCGCCAUGGAGGAGUCACAGACCAAGAUUACUGGCUUCUUCAAGUCCCAGAUGAAACCGUCGCCCGGCGGCGGAAAACUCUCGCCACAGCCCGGCCAGCAAAGCAAUCCGGCCAACACGCUGACCAUGAGCACGCCCGCCACCACCGCCUCGCUGAACAAGUACUUCAACAUCCUGUCGCAGCUCAAGGAACAGAAAGCCCAACAGCAGCAGCAGCAACAACAACAACAGCAGCAGGCGGCCAAGGCCCUACCCACACCUGCUGCAGUGGCUCCUGCCGCAGUGGCUCCUGCGCCGCCCCUUCCGUCUGUGACCACUCCCAGUCCGAGUUUACCCGUGCCGGCUUUAAAGAAAAUCGAACGUAGCACCAAGCAACCAGCCAAGAUUGCACAGGUGGCGCCCAAUCUGCGCAAAACGCCCAGCAGUGGGUCCUCGGGCAGUUCUUCAUCGUCCUCAUGUAGCUCCUCAAAUGGCUCUAAUACGGGCAAAUCCCCGGCCAAGAAGCACGUGGCGAUUGCGCCCAGGACGCCGGAGAUGAAGCAGCAGCAGCAGGGCAAGGCGGCCAUGGUCUACCGACCGCCGGGGACGAGUCCCGCCCUCAAACAGAAGCCGAUCUCACCACCCGCCCCCGUGGCGGCCACAGUACCCGCCCCCGCACAAGCACUCAAUCCUUCGCCUGCCCCCGCCAAUCCUACGCUCUACCAGCUGCCCGUGCAACUGCCCAAUCUAGUCCAGCUUCCGCCCCAGCUGGCGGCCGCCGCCAACAUCAUGCAGCUGAAUAACGUGGCUAAGGCGGCGGUGGCCGCAGCGGCCAACAACAACGCGGCCGCUCAAGCGGCGCAGGCGGCACAGGCUGCUGCCGCCCAGUAUUUCCUCAACGGCACAGUCUUUAAGCUGCAACAAGUAACCACGGCCACGACGACGACGGCAACUACGGCGACGUCGGCGGCAGCUUCGGCUGGCAAUCCCUUCGGACUACUCAAUUUGGCCACGGCGGGCAAUCCUUUUGGCCUUCCCAACGCCAGCGGGCAGUUUCCCAUUGAGGCCAUCCCGGGAGCUGGAAGCUACCUCCAUCAUCAGCUGCUUCUUGCCAGACAAAAUAACAUGAGUUUAAACGAAAACAUGGCUUCCAAUUCUUGCGGCAACAUGAACUUUGUUAACCCACUUAACAAUCAGCAAGUUGGACUUAAAGAUAACAAAUUAUAUAUAGUGAACUCGGCCGAGUACCUAGGAUACUUAAUGAGCUUGCAAAUAGCUCUUAACAACCAACAGCAUCAGCAACAGCAAAUCAUCUCUGCCACACAACCGCCGCCAUUGGCAGCCACGAACAACAACAACAAUACAAACACUGCCACUCAGCCGCCACCUUUGGCAGCGACGAACAACAGCAAUUCGAACACUGCCAACAACUCGACGACUGCCAGCAACAGUAACAACCACAAUGCCUCGAAUAAUUUAAGCAACAUCAACAACACUGCCAUACAGCCCCAGCGGGCGAUUGUGAAGCCGCCGAUGCACAGUUCCACGCAACCGCCGCCGCUGGUGACGAUUUCAUCGAUGCCCUCGUGCUCCCCGGCUGCUGCAUCUUCGCCAGCGGCCAAACGGGCACUACCCGCAGCCAAGCCAUACCAGAAGCGUCUUACCACAAAGGGCAGAGUGGGUGCGGCUCCAAUCAUUGCCACGCCCACCACGCCCCCGCCUCUGGUGCCCACGUCUGCCACCAAGGAGUUGGGUCAGUUGCGGAAAAGCACAGGAACCACUGGGCCCCCAACAGCCACGCCCACACCCACACCCACGCCACCCCUGGUGAGCAUCGCGCCCUCGAAGCUGACGCCCACGCUGAGUGUGGCCAAAUCAGGACCUGCGAUGAAGCUAGCCAACAGUGCGCCCGAUCUCUUCGACCUGGUCAAGAACUCUAAGGUGGUGGCCAAGGCCGCGCAACCGCUUACGCCACUACCUUUUAGUUCGCCGAGCAGCAGCAGCAAUGGAAGCCAUUGUUUGCGAUCCUCGCCAGCGCUUUCCAAUUCGAACUCUUGCACCCUGUCGGCCUUUAGCAAGAUCAAGGCGGAUACCUCGGAGCUGGCUUCGCAGACAGGCUCUUUGGUCUCUCUGUCAAUGCCUCCAGUAUCACCCAAGCCCCAGAGCUUUGCCGGGCAGCUGCCGAAGAGGGAUCAGGAUCCGGAAUCGGAGGUCGAGACGAUGAAACACGAUCUACUGCCAGACUGCAGCAACAGCAACUCGAACUCCAAUUCGUGCAGCAGCAGCAGCUAUUCGCACUCGGUCAGCUCGGCGGCAGAUCUCUCGCUCGAGGCCUCUACGCCUGCCCCAUCUCCAUCGCCAUCAGCCUCGCCAUCCGGCCUGGGAUCUCCCUCGCCGGCGGCCAGCAACAUGAGCGGCAGCAGCCGGCGAGCGGCCAGCCAGACUGACAUGCUCAGUGAGAUGGUAACCUCGUCAUGCAUUUCCAGCGGCGGCGAUGACUGCUCUCAGGCCACGGACUCGCCUCCACUGCCGACACUCCCGUUGCAGCUGGGCAAGAGCGAUGACACGACCACUCCGACUCCCACGGCCAGCGGCGUAAGCAGCAGCGGGAGUAGCAACUAUGAUGAGGAGGACGACAAGUCGGUGGCCUCGCUGGAGACGCAUCAGACGCACAAGCGGCUGAGGGACCUGCCCACUCCGGAAUCUGGCAUCGGUGGAAGCCUGAGCAAUAGUGAGAGCAGCAACUCAAUAGUUGAUGCAAUAUCCUCCAAGUCAGCCUCUGCCGGACCUCCGACGACUGCAGCGAGUAGCGCCUCCUCCUCCGCCUCCGACAGCAACUCACUGGCGAGCAAUGCACCUUCACCCGCCUCACCGGAUGAUUGUUCUGCUGCACCGUCGCCCGCCUGUUCCGUCUCCGCUGCCGCCUCCUCUCCGCCCAGCACUGUGGUGGACAUUGCGAUGGUCGAGGCCACGAGCAAGAGUCUACCGAAGAGCGCCAUCUCGCCGAUCCUCUCGCAGCCAAAGACCAUUCGCUUCCCGGCUGGAGCGGGGGCAGGCGGCAAGGGAGGGAAACGCCACGACGGUGUCUGCUACUGGGACAAAUGCAACAAGAAGCACGAGAGCAACUCUAAGCUGUUGGACCACAUGCAGACGCACCACGUCAACACGCAGACAGGCCCAUUCGCCUGCCUCUGGGUUGGCUGCAAGGUGUAUAACAAGGAGUCAUGCUCGCGCCGAUGGCUGGAACGCCAUGUGCUCUCGCACGGUGGCUCCAAGCAGUUCAAAUGCAUCGUCGAGGGCUGCGGCCUGCGGUUCGGCUCCCAGCUGGCGCUGCAAAAGCACGUGAACAACCACUUUAAUGCCACAGACAAUGCCAAGGAGAGCACGAGCAAACGCACCUCUGAUCCGCCCGUGCCAAAACAACUCCGGAAGAAUGGCAAGAAGCUCCGAUACCGCCGUCAACCCUUCUCAGCUCGCAUGUUUGACUUCUUUGACACGGGUAUUAUGGAGGGGCUGCAGCACCGCCUGCGCCAGAUAAGCACGCUCACCAACGGAGCCCAGGCCAUCGAGUUCCAGGGUCAGUGCCUGAUGCGGAGGCGCAACAGUCAGGGCGGCUACGAGUGCUUUGUUCGCUGGUCCCCGCGCGAGAUCAUUUCCGAUGAAUGGUUGCCGGAGUGUUCAAAUCGAACGCGCCAGCACACCAAGGUACUGCACAUCAAGCAGAUGCGGCCGGCUGAAAAAACACGCGUGGAUAGUUUGCUGAGCACGGCCUUCCGGCUACGCUAUGACUCCCAACUAUUCGCCGACGAUUAUAACGUCAACGAGCAGCAGGUCGGCGAACUGAGCGGCAGCGACUGCGAGGAAGAUGGGGAUCAAGAAGAAGAGGAUGAAGAUGAGGAGGAAGAUGGCGGCAGUAGUUCGCGCAGUGCGAGCUGCGAAACGGUGUCCAGCUAUCAGCAGGUGCUCAGCAUCGCCAAGCUGCAGAUGCAGCAGCGCCGCAAGCACCCGCGCAAACCACCCAAGAUGACACCGCUUGCGAGGGAGGAGCUGGUCGCCACGGACGCCCUGGUGCCCAUCUAGGGCGCUGCCAGAUUUAUAGUAUUCUCUAAGUAAUUAAACCGAAAAACAAACGACAAACGAGUAAACAGUGACAAGUAGACUAGUUAGCGUACGGCCUAAGUAAGUUACCACCUACGCAUAUAUCCACUUAUGUAUAGAAUCUAUAAGUACGCCCGCUUUGUUCAUUUUUGUUUUGUUUGAUCCGCGUAACCAGCAGUUUAGUUUGUUGUUCUCAUUCAACUGUCGUUCAUCGAUCCUUGUACAUAUUUCCAGAUGGACAAGUAAGAGUCAGGAGCAUUUAGUAGCCACCUUAUAGCAACCCACCCGCGCGUUCUAGCAAGUGCUGUUAUGAACAAAAGUCCUAGUUUCUACAGUUAUAGUUCUAAUUUAGUUUCUAAAGUGUACAUUUAGUAAAGAUUCAUGUGGAAAAUGACCGACUGGACAAGACUUGUUUAAAAGCCAAUUUUAUGUUGAUCUAUUUGAAAUUUUAAAGUUAAAUUUCGUUUUUUUUUUGUUGCCCCUCGUCGUUUUGUAAUUUACUCCUAGUAACUGGCCAAACUUACACUGAAAGCGAAAAACUACGCACACAACUGAGCAGUUAAAGUUUAAGUAGAGUAAAGUGACGUGGAAGAACACAAGACUUGAAGCAUUUACCGCUACAAAAACGAGAAAUAUUUGUAAAACAUUUUGUACUCAACUCGAACAGCAAUGCAAACAGUUUUAAGCCUAAGUUAGACCGGAGCCCAAGACGAUUAUCCAUUAAUUUAGUGCAAAUCGAAUGCAACUUUCGCCAAUUCAUCAGCGUCUCUAGUUCGUUUUGUGAAAAUUUGAAGAGACGAAAAAGCAUAAUGCAUUGUACAUAAUAGAAUAUAACAUUAACUAGUUUCGCUUUUAAACCUACAUUUAAACUAUUCAUUUAGAACUUAGCCAAGGCAAAUCCCAAUUAAACUAUGCAAAAUAAAGUUAUCGAAAAGAAAAUCAAUCUAAAAGCAAAAUACAACAAAAUAACUUUUAUGUUUUAAUUUCUUAUGAUUUUACGGACAAACAGAAAGAGAUUUUGAAGCUGAAAAACUCACUGAUCUUUUACUUAAUGUUCUAUUUGGUGUACAUAUCCGAAUGGCAAACCCAACUCUUUAAGCAUAUAAGCUAAACGCUACCCUAAUUUAUAAUUUCCCAUGCCAAUGAAUUUAUACGUGAUUAAAGUAAGUAAAAUUCGAAUCAAGAGCCGAAAAAUAUGAAAACAAGAGUACUCAUCACUGCCAAAAUGUAAUUGAACAACAAGAACCCAGUUGUUAUUAACGACUGAUUAAUUUAGUGUGCGAAAUGAGCUCAGCCAGGAAUAAUUAUUAACUGCUAUACCCCUGAUUCCAGCUCGAGCACUUUCCCUAUGUUGCACAAUAAUAGCUCGCUAAGAGACGAGUAUAUCAAAUAUAUCUGUGUGUUGUCUUAAGUAGAUAUAGAUGCGUCUCUGUGCCCCUCAACUAGUUUAAGCUUAUAAGGAAGAAUCAAAUAUAUAUAAUGUACGUGUAUAUCCCCAUAUGUCUAGAGAGGAGGCAGGAAACCGGGAGCAUUUUAGUGUCCCUCGAUCACAGCCUAUAUACAUGAUUUAAAGCAAUAUUCUAACGAUAAUCGCAGAUCAAGCUUAGUUGACUCUUCCAUUCGGUUAGUCUUUCGAUGCCUUUCGCCCGAGUUGUUCAACGCUUUGUACUGCAGGAGAAGAAUCUAAGCAUAAUGGAAAUAAGUAUCAAAACAUGAAUCCAUGAAAAGUAAAGGAAAAGAAAUUCAAAUAAAAUAAAACUACCUCAAAUUUUUGCAAGCAUAAAACACACAAAAGAAUUUUUCGAGACAAGUUUUCUAAAGCGAAAAGAGUAUAUAGGUGCAGCGUUAUAUUUUGUCGGAUAGGCGAAAAAGACGGCAGAUAACCGUAGAGAUCCGAACAGGGCAGAGCCGCGAAACAAGGGAAAGUAUACACGAGUAGUACACACAAACAAACAAGGGGAAAACGUAGGCUAAUUCCAUAUUUUGCUAAUAUUGCAUACAGUCUGUAGGAUAAGCAACCACCCAGUUAAACUACAUUUACCUUCGCUUUUCCUUUUUGAUCGACCGAGACGAUCACCCAAAUAUGCAUUUGCCUUUAGCCCAGAGCUCAGAUUGAGUUUGUACAUAGAUUAGUUUACCCAAUACGAGAUAUAUAUUCAAUAUCAUAACCAUAAUUUUAGUAUUACAACCGCUUUAAUGAAUUGCAGAGAGAAAUUUAUUAAGCAUUCAUAAUUAUGGUAAUUAGCAGGCGUACAUAUACAUAUACACACGUAUACAGGAGAAGUAUUUCUAAACUCACGAUUAUUGUUUCGAGGUAUGUCCUAGUUGAUUUUGGAUUCAGUUCUGGCCAAAUCUAAGGCAGAAACCACAACAGCAGCGAUCUUGCUUCGAUUGUAACUAAUGUAAUCAAAAGAAUUAUAUACAUAUAUAUUAUUGAACUCUAUAUACACAACAUAGUAUGUACAAGUGGACUCAAACAGAUUCUGAAACCGAAGAACAUGUAACGCGCUGAGGAAUGAAAAAUAUAUGAAAAACAAGUAUUAUGCCA